GGCUGCGCAGCUGUCACACCACUUGUAGUUUUGUUUACAUCUAUGUUUCCAUAUGUACUCUAACUGUGGGUUUGUAUCAGAAAUAUGCCACACAUUCGUCUUGGCUGCUUAUCAGAGGGCUGGAUGAGUUGUGAGAGUUAAUCGCUGCACAUGAUGACCACAGAGCCGGCCAGCCUGGAGAGCCUGCGUGUGCUGUACCAGAGCGAUGACUACAUCGUGGUGGACAAGCACUGGGACAUCCGCAUCGACAGCAAGAUGUGGUACGAGAAACAAACUGUGCAGGCGCAACUUCGGCACCGCUUCCCUCAGCUGGCAGACCCAAGCACCUACUACGGGUUCAGGUUCUGUCAUCAGUUGGAUUUCUCCACAAGCGGGGCUCUUUGUGUCGCUCUCAAUAAGGCGGCUGCCGGCCGCGCUUACCGCUGCUUCAAGGACCGCACCGUCACCAAAGCCUACCUCGCCCUGGUACGUGGCUCCGUGGAAGAAGAGACACAAACUUUGGACUUCUCCAUUGGCAAGAACUCCUCAGAGGGCAAAACACACAUGAUGUGUGUUGAGGGAACAGAAGGUUGUGAGAACCCGAAGCCUUGUCAAACCGAGCUGACGGUGUUGGAGUACGGGCUGUAUGAUGGAGACCCCGUCACCAAGGUGCUGCUGCAGCCGCUGACUGGCCGAACGCACCAGUUAAGGGUCCACUGCUGCGCAAUAGGCCACCCCAUCGUCGGGGACUUCACCUACAGCUUGGGAGCGGACGACGCCCCCUACCGCAUGAUGCUGCACGCCCACCUCCUCCACCUCCCCCUGGAGCCCCAGCCCCUGCUGGUCUCUGCUGCAGACCCCUUUCUCCCCGCGGUGGAUGCCAAGUGGCUCCCGCAGCGCUCGUUACGGACACUGACGGACACCGUGGAGGCGCUGCUAGAGCACAGGGCGGAGGAGGACAGGAAGAUUAAAGAGGAGAAGAGAGAGAGGGAGAGAAGGGAGGAGGAGAGGAGGAAAGGACGCAGGAAACAGAGGACUGAGGAGAGUGAGGAGCAGAGGACGCGAUGUCAGGAGUGGCUGAGUGAAUGGGCUGGAGACUGAUGUGUUAGUAUUUCUUUUUAUUUAUUUAGCUGUUUACUAAUGAAGGCCAUGUUGAGCAUGCAUGCGCCACUGACAGCCAGCGUUGCAUUUAAAUGGCAAACAUGGAAGAGUGGGACCAUAAUUCCCUCACAGACCAGCUACACAUGUUAGAAAAGACCUGCCAGCAUGUAAACUGCUGCUGUUUUAAACGGUUCAAACAACUGCGAGUUUCCCAGUAACCAGCUUCACCAGUGACUCGCUGAGGACUAAGUGCCUUGCUCAAGUUCAUGUUGUUAAGUAAGAUGUUUGGUUGAUGCCAUAAUCUUUUCUAAACAUCCCGCUUAAAAGUGUAAGAAUUACAUUGGUGUAAGAACAUGUCUGUUUUUAUAAAUGGUCAGAUGACUUAAAUGUCCAACAUGUAAUAUUUCUGCCGCUAGGGUUCUGUCAAUCAAAACAAUAACAAAGGAGUAGUAAAGGCAGCUUCUCUUGGUUAGGAUUCAUACAGUGUUUAUUUAUUAUUUACUGCAAGCCAAAUUAUACACCGAUGUCUCCUGCUCUCCAAAACUGGACCAGGUGAAUAAAACCGAUAAAAACACUGAAUGAAGAAGUUUCAUUUUAAAAUUCUGUGUUUUUCACACACACAGCUCAGCUCAUCAGCAGUGCUGCUAACAUGUGCUGAGCUUGUUUUUUCUGAUAACAACCAGAUAAAUGAUAAUAACCUGAUAACCAAAUGUCUGAGGACAAAAAAAUAUACUUAAAAAGAUCUGAAAUGUUUAAUAUAUAUUUAUAUUAAGAAUGUCAAUUACUGACAGCUUCUGGCAGACAGCCACAGCACUGACAUAUGGAUAAACAGGAGAUGAUGCCGUUGACAGGAGACCAAAUGAAAAGGACCAUUACCUAGAUUAAAAUGACAGAUUUCUCAGAUAAUGUAAGUACACAACUCAACAAAAUAUAUAAUUUGGGUCUCAUAGUUUUUAGACAUUUUAAUGUGGAAAUGUUGCAUAUCAUACCUUUAAGUGAUGGGGGAGUUUUAGUUCACGUCCAAAUGCAGGUACAGUAAGUUCAUGUAUGUUGUCACCAUUCAUAUAGAAUAAUAUAAUUCUGUUUCUACGAUUGUCACAUACGCUGCAUGGCUGUAACAUACACAGAAUAAAAUAUAGAAGCUAUAUAUAAUAGACUACUACACUGUUCUGUAUGUAUCUGUGCAUUUUGUUGUUUAACUCUAAAUAAAUUAUUGACAAAUUCA